UCUCUAGUCUCUGCACUUGUCUCCCAUUAAGGUCCCAUCCAUGGGGGGGCGGAAGCGGGAGCGCAAGGCUGCCACGGAGGAGGACACCUCCCUCUCUGAGAGUGACGGGCCCCGCCAGCCCGAUGGGGAUGAGGAGGAGAGCGCAGCCCUCAGCAUCAACGAGGAGAUGCAGCGUAUGCUCAACCAGCUGAGGGAGUAUGAUUUUGAGGACGACUGUGACAGCCUGACGUGGGAGGAGACUGAGGAGACCCUGCUGCUUUGGGAGGAUUUCUCAGGCUAUGCCAUGGCAGCCGCAGAGGCCCAGGGAGAGCAGCAGGAAGACAGCUUGGAGAAGGUGAUUAAGGAUACGGAGUCUCUGUUCAAAACCCGAGAGAAAGAAUAUCAGGAAACCAUUGACCAGAUAGAG